CGUGGACGAAACAUAAACAUAAACAUAAACAUAAACAUGAACUGAAUAAUAAAAGCAAGAUGUCUGAAUGACCGAAACAAAAGAGAAUCCCAAUGUCCCAUUGGAAAGAUUGAAAGACAAUGAAACCAGCAAAUCCAUGCAUAUAUAUGAACUGAUGUCCAAUCUAUGAGCUAGCAGCUACUAAGAUCUUAGCAAAGAAAAAGGAUGUGUGGUUGCAAAAAGGAAACCUCGGGUUAAUUGGUAAGUGAGGGCAUCAAUCAAUGGGUCAAUCAUGCUUGUGGUGGGCUACAAAAAAAAAGCAUGUGGAUGCAAGUCUGAUCUGCUUUUAACCCCUUUCCAAAGCUUGCUAAGCCUCCCUUAAGCUCCCAAGUAAACAAAUACUUCUUUCUAAAAACACCCCCUCCAAUCAAGUCCCUUUUACAAAACAUAAAGUCUCAAACAUGUUUGAAACAAAUGGUGGGAUUCCUGGCCUUGGGAGGCCGAAGCUCAUCCACAUUUUACUUUGUGCACCUCUCUCUCUCUCUCUCCCUCCCUCUCUCCCUCUCUCUCUCACACACACACACACUAACACACACAGAGAGAGAGAGUGGCCAUUUUCUGCACUCAACUGGUUUCUUUUGCUUUCUGGGUCUUUCUCUAAUUUGCCAGCCCUUCUCUCCCGAAUCUCCAACAGCAAUAAUAGCUCGGUCUCAUAACAGAAAAAGAAAGCUCACCACCUUCAGGACCGAGUUCCUAAAAUCUCUCGGUGCUAUCCCUUUCAGCACAAGAGAGAGAAAGGGAGUUGAAUUAUGGAAGAGUACCAUCCAUCACGAAGUGUCUCCUGUGCCACUCCAUGAAGUGACAAGAUAAAGUCAAGUCAAGUUUUUAUUCUCUCCACUCUUCUCAUACAUGCACAGUCUCUCUCUGCAUCUGUCUCUCCUCAAGGAGCUUUAGGCCUAGAGAUAAGAACACGGAAGAAACCAGAUACUACUGUUUGAGCCCUUUUUCUUCCAGCACAGGUGAAAGAAAACGAACAAAAAAAAGAAAAGCUUCCCAUGUUCCCAUCGGGCACCAUGUCCAACUGCACCUCCAUGUCUGAAGAAGCCAGUGUUUCUUCUGAUACCAGAGCCCAUGACUACAAUAAUAGUUUGAGCUCUCUGUGCGCACCCAUAUCUCCUCCGUAUCGCCAACAACAGCAACAAGAGCCACAACCAAAGGCUAAGAAGAAGAGAAGCCAGCCUGGGAACCCAGACCCAGAUGCUGAAGUGAUUGCUUUGUCCCCAAAGACCCUGAUGGCUACCAAUAGAUUUGUGUGUGAGAUAUGUAACAAGGGUUUUCAGAGGGAUCAGAACCUCCAGCUCCACAGGAGGGGCCACAACCUGCCAUGGAAGCUGAGACAGAAGAGCAGCAAGGAGGGGGUGAGGAAGAGGGUGUAUGUGUGCCCAGAGGCAUCCUGUAUCCACCACCACCCUUCCAGGGCCCUUGGGGACCUCACAGGGAUCAAGAAGCACUACAGUAGGAAGCAUGGGGAGAAGAAGUGGAAGUGUGAGAAGUGCUCCAAGAGAUAUGCUGUGCACUCUGACUGGAAGGCCCAUGCGAAGACCUGUGGGACAAGGGAGUAUAGAUGUGAUUGUGGUGCCCUCUUCUCUAGGAAGGACAGCUUCAUCACCCAUAGAGCCUUUUGUGAUGCCUUGGCAGAGGAGAGUGCAAGACUCAUGGCCACCAACACCGAUGCCACCAAGAUGACUACUUCGAUCUCCCCUCCACUCCUCAACCCUCCUCUCUUCCUCCCCUUCUCCUCUUGGGACUCCCUCCCAAACCCUAACCCUAACUUUAACACUAGUACUCCAUAUCAACUCAAGCCUGAGAACACCCUAGCCUCCCUCCCCCACCCUUAUUACCUCCACCACCUCCCAACCGCCACCUCCCCCUACCUGUCGGCCACUUCCCUCCUCCAAAAAGCCUCCACCAUGGGCCCCACAACCACCACCACGACUACCGGCUCCGCCACCAUCUCCACCGCCGCCGGCGGCCAGAUGGGCAGCUCGAUGUUCGACGCUGGGCAUCCGUCCGCAUGGCAGAGGAGCGACGGCCCGACCAGGGACUUCCUCGGGGUGGUGGCCAGCGAGACCGGCGAGGAGGAGCUGCUCUCCCUAACCGGAGCCCUCGGCCUGGAUCUGGUGACCGCCGCCUCCUGCGACCGCGGUGACCACGCCAAGCACUUGGCCGGGUUCCCUCCGGUCCCCGGGACGUGGGGUGACCGUCGAGCUCAUUCCUAUGCCCCUCGUUUUGGGGAGGAGUAUCCAGGAUGAUGCCACCCGCCCAGAAUUCAUCUCUUUUCUUUUGUGAAUUUUAUUCUACUCUACUUUUUAAGUUUAUAUAUUGCUAGAACCAAUGGAAGGCAUAUCGUGAAAUAUCGUAUGAAUUUUAUUAUUUGAUUUUUAUAAGUUUUUCUCUGGAUAAUUAUAGAA